CGAGGAGUCUUUAUCAAACUUUGGUGAGAAGGACAAUAGUUAGUGUUCUCCUUCCAGAUCUAAAAAUGCAGAAUUCCACGGUGAAAUCCUCAGACGACGAUAUUUCCCAGUCAACACGCAAGAUUGAAGUUGCAACAUGGUGUACUGUGUUUGCCAUCGAAGCCUUUGUCACAGUAAUAGGAAACCUUCUGAUUGUCAUUAUCUUUGCGCGAGAUUACCGCCUAAGAAAGCCAAGCUCUUAUCUCAUUAUCAGCUUGGCGCUGGCAGACCUGUGCAUUGGCUUAAUUGUUCUACCGCUAUGGAUUUAUCAGGUGACAGGCUUGGGUGAGCUGUGGCAAACCAUCACUUUCCUGACGUUGGACAUGUUCGCAAGUGUUGCCUCGAUUUCAAACCUGGCCGCCAUAUCACUCGAGAGGUUAUACGCAACCAUGUUACCAUGGAGACAUCGUGCUACUCCAAAGCCCCAAGUUCUGUUCUUCAUUGCCUCUAUUUGGACGCUGUCUGCCGUCAUCACGAGUUCGUAUGCAGUUGCGCUUUUUGCGUAUUCGUCACCGUUGGGUUCCCUGUUUCCCUGGUUGCCCUAUAUUUGUCUCUUGUUGUUGGUAAUCUGUGGGUCGUACUCAGCUCUAUUUGUAAAAAUGCGACGAACUGACCGACGUAGAUCGGACAGAGAGCGCAAAUUAACGGUGACUUUGUUCAUGGCCACAGUUUUCUCCAUAGUCGCCUAUCUUCCAAUGGUUGUACUUGGCGUCAAGUACUUCGCUCUCAACAGAAAAACGAACAAUCUUUUUCUCAACAUUAUGAGCUUUUUUAACUUUGGGAAUUCUCUUGUGAAUCCAUUUUUGUACGCAUUUAGAAUGCCAGAUUUUAGGAAGGCAGUUUGUUCACUGUUUGGCAUUUAUCACCAGGAUCAACAAACGCGCCAGAGUCACGAGACUAUCGCACAUUUAAGUGAAAGAGCGCCGCCUUCGUUUGCGUUGAGAGAGUUAUCAACAGCGGUUUCAUCAAGGAUAAGUCCAGUUGCUAGGCUCCCUGAGGCAGUUGACAAGCUUUCUGAACUGAAAUGAACAGUGUUGAGAAAUUCUCACUGACAGAAUUGUGAGGUACAGUGAAUGUAACAGUGACCGCUCGUAUCUCACGGACUGUGUUAUUGCGAGCUGCGGUCUCCUUUGUGCGGCAGUUUGCUUUAACUUUAUAUCAGAAUUCCAGUCUUCAUUAAGGCCUUCAAUCAUUGUUGUGAAAUCGUUUUCUGAAUCAUUUGUUUGCGCUUACGGUCGCAGGCAGAUAUAUAAUAAAGGCAGUGUUACCGUUUUGUCUUCUUAGAAGAGAGCGGUUCCGGUCAUUUCACAUUAAGGAGCAUGUCACACACAAGAUUAGCAUCCAUGUUUCAAUCAGACAUUAAAGGAAACAAAGAUGCAAACUCAAAAAAUUUCCAACGGUGAAUAUACAACAAUAAUUAAUGUAGCAGUGCUAAGUUUAACGAUUUAACUGUGUUAUGACAA